AUGUGUGUGGAGGGGUGUGCUGUACGAGAAACUGAUGAAAAGAAGUCACAAGAGAUGAGUUCUAUGGUGGAGGGGCGGAAUCAGAGUAUAAGUGGACAAGGUGAUUCAAUGCAUUUAAUAGAUUCCAGUACUAAGGAAUAUGAAGUUGACUAUUCAAAAGACUUGGAUUCUUUGCCAAAUAUACCCUUAGUGGAAGCAGAAAAUCAAUAUUCCAUGCUUGGUUUGACUAAGGAUUAUAAGGUGGAUCAGGGUAAAGAAGUCAAGUCGACAGGGGAUGGACUUAAGCUAGCUACAGAGAUCAGCGGGGCACAGGAGCUGGUUUUUCAGCAAAAAGGUGUGACCACUGUUGCUUUUGACGAUAAUGCUGGAAAAUCCAAAGAUGAAGGUGCUCACCCUCGGACCUGGGUUCGCAGGGCCAGAAUUCAGUCAAAAUCUCAGGGGUUGGCAAAAGGGGGUAAAAGAAACAUUGAAGAUAUUCUUCUUGGUGGGGAUGAUGCAGAGAUGCAAGUUAAGAAGGGAAGGUUGGUUCAAGAGGAGUAUCCAAGAUUUGGCGGUGGCUGGUCUCCAGCCCCGCCAAUCGAAAUGAAUCUCUUAAGCUGGAAUUGCCGGGGGCUUGGGAACCCCCGGACAGUUCGGGAUCUUCACCAAAUGGUGAAGGAAAGGAGGCCCAAUCUUGUUUUCUUGAUGGAGAUUUUGUGUUCAAAGCAGUAUAUGGACCGUAUCAAAUUGAGACUCGGUUUUGAAAAUCUUUUUGUGGUGGACCCUGUAGGUAGGAGCGGUGGUUUGGCGUUAUUGUGGAAUAAGGAGGAUAAUUUGAAAAUUUUUAAUUAUUCCAGAAGGCACAUUAAUGCUGUUGUGAAGGACAUGGGGGGACAGCCAAUUUGGAAGAUGACUGGCUUCUAUGGUCAUCCUGACAGCUCCAAAAGAGAUGAGUCUUGGGCUAUUCUCCGACAUCUGAAGCUCUGCGGUCCGAUCCCUUGGCUUUGUGAGGGUGACUUUAAUGAAAUAGUAGACCAGUCGGAAAAGGAAGGAUAUGCAGUGAGGAGGCAGGCUCAGAUGGUUAGAUUUCGGGAAGCUUUGGAGGAGUGUCAACUUGGUGAUUUAGGCUUCGUUGGCCCUUUCUUUACGUGGUCUAAUCGCAGGAUGGAUGACACAUAUACUAGAGAAAGACUAGACCGCGCAGUGGCAAACCCAGAAUGGUGUUCCAUUUUCCCCAUUGUCUCGGUGUUGAUAUUGGCCGCUAGAACUUCAGACCACAACCCCAUGGUAGUGAAGUUUCAGGAGUGCCCUCCUGAGAGAUGUUCUGUUCGGAGAGGUUUUAAAUUUGAGGCUUGUUGGAUGAAAGAUAGGGAGAGCUUUGAAGUUAUUAAAGAAGCUUGGUGUAAUAGGGCGGAAGAGGGAGUGUCUAUGAGGGCUAUCCAGAACAAUUUGGCGAGUUGUCAAGAGGCUUUGCCUAGGUGGAGUUGCCGCAAGUUUGGUAAUGUAGAGGACUUGAUUAAAAGGAAGUCUGAACAAUUGAUGGCAUUGCAACAAAGUGCUUUACCUUCUAGAGUUGAUCAGAUUAAAUUGCUUCAAAAUGAACUUGAUGACCUGCUGGAGUGUGAAGAGAUGAAGUGGAAACAAAGAGCAAAACAGCAUUGGUUCAGUCAUGGGGAUAGGAAUACAGCCUUCUUCCACUCUUGGGCUAACCAUAGAAGGAAGAUCAAUAGUAUCCGAUGGAUUUAUGAUGAGCAGGGGCAGUGUCCCCCCAAAGUUACGCAGGAGAUGAAUGCUUGGCAUCUACAUCCUUUCUCAGAAGAUGAAGUAAGGGCAGCGCUUUUUCAUAUGCACCCUCUCAAAUCUCCGGGGCCAGACGGAUUCCCAGCAAUCUUUUAUCAAAAGAAUUGGGAUAUUGUGGGUAAGGAUGUGUGUUGUGCAGUUUUAUCUUUUUUAAAUGGUGGCCAAUUUGACUCCAGUUUGAAUGCUACAAAUAUUGUCCUUAUUCCUAAGAGUGCUUUUGUUCCGGGCUGUUUAAUUACUGAUAAUGUUCUAGUGGGUUUUGAAACACUUCAUACCAUGGCAACUAGGCUUUCGGGUGAGGAAGGUUUUAUGGCCAUGAAACUCGAUAUGAGUAAGGCAUAUGAUAGAAUAGAAUGGGACUUCUUGGAGGCAAUAUUUAGGAAGCUAGGUUUUGCAGAUCAAUGGAUCAAUCUUAUUAUGCCUUGUGUUAGAACGGUGUCUUUUUCUAUUCUUAUUAAUGGUAGGCCUAAUGGUCAGUUUAUUCCAUCUCGAGGUCUCAGACAAGGGGACCCCUUAUCUCCCUAUUUGUUUAUCUUAUGUGCUGAGGCUUUGUGUUCUUCUAUUAAUAAGGCUGUGAUGGAUGGUGAUAUCCACGGAAUCCCUAUUUCUAGAAAAGGAAUUCGUAUUAAUCAAUUAUAUUUUGCAGAUGAUUGUCUUCUGUUUUGCAAAGCCAAUAUGGGAGAAUGGAGGAGAUUUCAAGGGGUCCUUUCCACCUAUGAAGCUGCUUCGGGACAGAAGAUUAAUAGAGAGAAGACUGCCCUAUUUUUCAGUAGGAACACUAAACAGGAGGUGAGGGAGGCUAUCUCUCAGGAGGUUGGUGCUGGUUGUUCCCAGCAGUUUGAAAGGUAUUUGGGUUUACCGACCCUCAUUGGCCGUUCUAGGGUUUCAUCUUUUAAUUAUAUUAAGGGCAGGAUUUGGUCUAAGCUUAAUGGGUGGAAGGAGAAGCUUCUUACACAUGCUGGAAAGGAAGUUCUUUUAAAGUCAGUCAUUUAA